AUGGACGAAAACGAUGAUCUAAAUGAUCUCAACUUCUUCUUAAGAGAAGAAAACCAUUUAAAAGAUGAUAGUUAUGAUUAUAAUAAAAAAAAAGUUAGUAUGCUUUUAAACAAAAAUAAUACAUUAGAGAAAUAUAACGAUAAAACGAGUAAUAAUUGUGAAAAGGAUAUUGAAAAAUCUUUUGAUAAAAAUAACCAAAUAGAAGACAAUAUUAUUAAUGAAAACAAUUUAGAAAUAAUAGAAGAUAUUCAAAAUUAUGAAAAUGAUGAUAACAAAUCUUCUAAUAUAAAAAAUAAAUUAAUUCAUAAAGAUAUACCACUAAAAAUACAUAAUAUAAUAUCAUCAGCAAAUUUAGAUACAGAAAUAGAUCUCCGACUUGUAGCAAUUUCGAUUAAAAGUGCAGAAUAUAAUCCUAGUAAAAUUAACACUCUUAUAAUUCGAAUAAAUAAUCCAAAAUGUACAGCAUUGAUUUUUAAAAGUGGAAGAAUUAUGCUUACGGGUACAAAAAAUAAAACAGAUUCUAUAAAAGGAUGUAAAAAAAUUGGGAAAAUUAUUAAGCUAGUUACUAACCAAAAUAUUAGAUUAAAAAAUUUUAAAAUUGAAAAUAUAAUUGCAAGUGCAAAUUGUAAUAUACCAGUUAGAUUAGAAAUGCUUGCUCAUGAUCAUAAAGAAUAUUGCAAUUAUGAACCUGAAUUAUUUGCGGGUCUAGUUUAUAGAUACAAACCAACAUCAAAUUUAAAAUCAGUUAUUUUGAUUUUUGUUUCUGGAAAAAUUAUUAUCACUGGUUGUAAAUCUUUACAAAAACUUAACACCGUUUUUCAAGAUAUUUACAAUGUCUUAGUACAAUAUAAAAGUUGA